AAAAACUUUGAGUUCACUUUCGCACAACUAACACGGUGAUGAUUAGGAGUGCCUUCAGGUUUCUAAGGACCAAUCCUCUGUCUGGACAACAAAGGAUGUCUCAAAGCUGUCUUGCGGGGAAGGUAGCCAUAGUCACCGCUUCCACAGAUGGAAUUGGGCUGGCUGCAGCUGAGGCUCUUGGAAAGAGGGGGGCUCACGUGGUUGUGAGCAGCCGGCGGCAGGCCAACGUGGACAAAGCAGUGGCCCUGCUGCAGAGCCAGAGCAUCCAAGUGACCGGGACCACUUGUAAUGUCGGCAACGGGGAGGACAGAGAGAAGCUGAUUCAAAUGACUCUGGAUCAGUGUGGGGGCAUUGAUAUCCUAGUGUCCAAUGCAGCAGUCAAUCCUUUCUUUGGGAACAUCAUGGAUUCUACAGAGGAAGUGUGGGACAAGAUCCUGGCUGUAAAUGUUAAAGCAUCCUUUCUCUUGACCAAACUCGUGGUGCCUCAUAUGGAGAAGCGAGGUGGGGGAAACAUCGUAUUUGUCUCAUCUGUUGCCGGCUACCAACCAAUGCAGGCUUUGGGUCCCUACAGCGUGAGUAAGACCGCCCUGCUGGGCUUGACGCGGGCGCUUGCCCCUGAGCUAGCUCACAGCAACAUAAGAGUCAACUGCGUGGCUCCAGGAAUCAUCAAAACGCGCUUCAGUUCAGCGUUGUGGCAAAAUGAAGGCGUCUUGGAGGAGUUUAAAAAGCAGCUGAGCAUUAAAAGGCUUGGGGAACCAGAGGAGAUCGGCGGGGUGAUCGCCUUCCUGUGCUCCCAGGAUGCUUCCUACAUCACAGGAGAGACCAUCACUGUGACCGGAGGCAUGGGGAGUCGGCUCUGAUUCAUAAAAAAACCACAACCUUCUUUGAUUAAUUCAAUACAUGUUUGUAUUUUGUUAUUGAGAAAUGAACUGAUGCCAAAAACCUUGGUGAUAAUGACGUUAAAGCUUCUGAAAAAAAAUUUUGUGUUAACUUUUUAACCAAACUCCUAAUCGUUUGUAUAGCAUCCAAUUCAUGAAUUCUCACCCAUUUUUCCCCAUUUACAAAAUGCUUUUUAAGAUCAAUAAAUGGCUCGCUAAUCUAGCAGUUUGAGCUUUUUGAAAUAAUGUAACUAACUUUAUUUUUAGGAAAAAUAAACAUAUAUUCCAAUUACUUCUAUUAUCAACCCUGCAGUGGGGCAGG